UUAUUUUUACCUUCUCGGUGCAGAAGAGUUAAACACUGACAGACGAUGUCGAAGAUGAAAUCAUGUGUACCCCGAGCCUUAAAACUGAUGUCAAGACAUAGGUUCUAUGGAACGGAACAAAAAUUACAAUUAUCAAACAACGAACAUUAUUCUAUUCGUCAUUUACACAACUGUUUCCAGAUUUAUUGCCGUAUUCUGGCCCCCCUCCGAACUAAACAACUAACUUUGUUGGACAAGCACCCAACUAAGUGUCAUCCUUGGAUAAGAUUUAAAACAGGCCAAGAUAAAGAGGAUGUAACAGAUACUGAAGAAAGAGACAGUUUAAAUGAGGGUUCAGACGCCAAGCUGAUUAAUAGAUCCUUUCCUGAUUAUGAUGAAGAUGAGAUUGCUAAAUCAAAACCUAAACAACUGAUGAUUGUUGUUGGCUCAACUCGAUUAGAUGCUGUUAUAACAAAAGCAUUUGGGAUCAGCAGAUUAAAAACAGAAGAGAGACUCACAACACAAAACUGCUUAGUCAAUGGAAAACUUCCUCAAAAGAAAGCAACACAGAUAAAAGUUGGAGACUGUAUUGAUAUUGUCUUGGAUCAAACUGACACACACUACAAAGUGCAAAGGACUCGUAUUUUGGACAUUAUUUCAGAAAAGACAAAGGCUGGCAGGACUAAGGUGAUAAUAAGACUGUGGAAAAAACCUUUCCAUGUGGAGAUGUCUUAAAUAUGUUUUAUGGAGUUAAUCUGAAUAAAUUGUGAUGACAUUU